CCCUUGGAAAAAAAGUUUGCUAAAGGCUUCUAAAACCCUAAUCCAUUCUAAAGGCUUAAACCCUUCUCCUUGUUCCUUGUUUGUGGGCAAUGGAGAACCAACUUCCCCAUCAACACUUACAUCAUCGUGGCGGUGCUCCUCCGCCGCCGCAACAGCAACCGCCACCGCCAUAUCUUCAACCUCAACAUCAACAGCUAGAUCCCAAUCUUGUCGUCCUUCAAUCACUAGGUCUACUUCUCCAAAAUCAAAACCCCUUUUUUCAGAACCCUAAUAUUCCCUUUCAAAAUCAUCCCAAUUUUCCCAUUAACAACAACCAAUACCAUCAAAAUCAUAAUCAAACUGCUUUUCCUAUUGGUUUCCAGCAUAACAAUCCCAAUUUAUCAUUUUCGAUCAGCAACCCUGGCAGUUCUUCGCAGAUGCAGCAACAACAGCGUCCCUAUCCCAAAUUUCCUACUAAACCAAACUCCCAAUCUACUUCUGUUGAUCAUAAGGCAACCCUUGACAAGAUUGAGGAUGCUGUUGUUGAUCAUAAGGCAACCCUUGACAAGAUUGAGGAUGCUGUUGCCACUGUACGCCGUCAAUUCAUUCAAGCUGGAGACCAUGUUUCUGUUUGGAAGCUUUCUCAGUCUGCUCUGCUUAAACUUCAAGCUGACUCUUGGGAUUCCUUAGGGUUUCAGCUCCAUCAAAUUCCUUCUCUCCACCAACUUAUCCUCAUUGAAGCUAAGAUCAAUGCAUUUAUUAGAUGUCAUGUAGCUGUUCACAAGAUAACAACGUUGUUUGAUUUGCAAGAAGCUUUAUGCAAGAAUGAGGGUAUUGAGAACUUUGAAGACCUUGAGCUGGGUCCUUUUCUACAACAGCCCCUUGUUAAGCACUAUUUUUCUUUAACCAAAGAUGUGAUACAAGUGUACGAGAUUACAAGCAACCAAAUAGUUACUUAUCUUUCAUUGUUUCUCUACAAAAAGCGUACAAAUAUCGUGAUGGAGGAGUUUUUGGAUUUUGUUGCAAAGAAGUGUAAAGUGACAAAUCCACAGGUUCUUGGAUUGCGGAUUCAGAGUCUGGGUAUGCACAUAGGUUUUCUAAACAAAGCCAAGAACGCUCAAAGUCUUGUGUUGAGCAAGUGUAAGGAAGCAGUGAAAGACACAUGUACGAAUUCAAAGAAGAAAAAACGGCCUCUUUUCUCUUUGCAAAAAAAGUUGUUUGAUGAUCGUUACAAUGUCUUAAGUGAGCGUGUCACAUCCUUUGCUCAUGUCAACAAGGAUUUCUGCGGCCAACACAUAAGAUUUGUUUCAUCAAGUUCUGAUGAAUUUCAGGAUAUGACAGAUAGUUCUGAUGGUGAAAUGGUUGGAAAUGAUAGUUCCAUAAGUAACCAACAUCAUUCAUCUUCAUUAAAAAGAAAAAUUGGAGAUAUGUCGAGUAGCUGUCCUUAUCCAUCUGUAGCUGAAGAGAUGACUAGGCUGGGAUUGAAAGGAGAAAGUUGUGAAAAUCAGAGCUCUAACGACAGUCAGAGAAGGAGGCUGCAGAAAAAACGACGAAGAUCUAAAACUGAGAGUCUUGGAAAGGCAGUUAAAGAUAAUUCUUUCUUACUCUCUGGAACAACUGAUUCAGAAGAGGGAAAAAAUCAAAACAUCGCUGAUGCUAAUGAGUCUAUUCGGAUGUUCAUCACUCACUGGAAGGACGCUUGUCGGGCACACCUAGCAACAGAGGUUUUGGAAAAAAUGCUGGAAUUCUAUAAGUUGUCUGGCAAACAGAGGAAAAAAGUAAGAAAUGCAUUCUCAAAUUAUCCACUGGCUGGGUUGCUCAAUGUUGCGGUUACAUCUAUUAAAAGGGGGAUGUGGGAUAGCAUGUAUGAUACAUUUCAAUUAAUGGGUGAAUUGGAACACACAAACCAACAAGCUAAUCAACCAACAAAAUACGAAAGUAUUGAUAUUGAAGCCAUUGAGAAAGAUACUGGCCUUCUCAAUCAAAGUCCACCAAUUCCUGUUCCAUGUGUUCAUUUGGAGGAUAUUCUCAGAAAAGCUUCCAAGUAUCCUACUCAGAACGAUUUGUCUAGUGGAAGUUCACUUGUACACAGGGCAAUCAUGUUCGCUGAGGAACUUUCUCGUUGUGAAAUUUGGUUGGCAGAGCAAUUCUCAGUUAAUGAUUUCAAGUUGCUUGGUCAUGGGGAGUUUUUUUCUUUCUUAGAUCGAAAUAUCUCUGUACUUCCUAAAGAAAUUCUGAACAUUAUAAGAGGUCAGGUACAUGAAUUUCAAUCAUUGGAGGUAAGCAUGAUUCAGAAACAACUGGGUAUGCUGUUGUCUCAAGCAUCUUGCAGCCUCUGGGAGGAAGGUGUCAUAACCAAGGAGAAAAUAUCAGAUUUGCUAGUGAGGCAGUUCCCUCUCAUCAGUUUCAAAAUCAUUGAGAGCGGUAGUACUCGAGAGCUUCUAGAUUUUGUAGAGAAGCAUCAAGGAAGUGUUGCAUCUAAUUGUGUUAUAUUCUCUGCGACACUGUCGGGCACCUCUAAGUAUGUUGAUGCUGCUGAUUCCGAUGUAAGUGAUAUGUUGGAAAAUUCUGGAUCAGUUACGUCGAAGGAUGCUAUCAACAUUUUACUCAAAGCUCCUUUCUUGUUAGAUCUGAACUCGUGGUCACAUUGGGAUCUUGUUUAUGGUCCUUCACUAGGGCCUUUUCUGGAAUGGUUGGUGUCAGAGGUCAAUGUGGAAGGCUUAUUGUGUCUUUUAACCAGAAAUGGACAGAUUAUUCGGAUUGACCCCUUAGCUUCUGCUGAUCUCUUUUUUCAAGCUUUACUUCAAGAAUCUCCUUUUCAAAUGGCUGUUCAGCUUUUGUCAUUGUUUGCACUGUCUGGAGGGAAAAAACAUGUACCCUUGUCCCUUUUGAAGUGUCAGGCACGACAAGGAUUUGAAGUUAUUAUCGAGAAUUUUAUGCAGAAUAUUGGUUAUAAUGAUGGUCAGAGUAAUGACAGAACUCUGAGAGUGAAUGAGCCCGUGGGCUUUCAAUCUAGUAUGAACCUUUUCAAGAAUUUGAGUGGGGUGAAUAGUUUUGUUGCCCAUGUAUCUAGCAUAUUUGUUGAUUGUCUAGCCUUCUUGCCUUCAGAAUUUCGCUGUUUUGCUGCUGAUGUAUUACUUUCUGGAUUGCGGUGUUUGGUCAAAGAUAUUACCUCAGCUAUUUUAGUUCAAUGUAAAAGAAAUGAAGAGCGUAGUAUGUUGCAUGAAAUUGGUUACUCACUGGGUAUAACCGAGUGGAUCAAUGAUCACCAUUUAGUUUGUCCAUUAACUGAUAACCCCUGCCUGGUAUCGGUUGGAGACGUAAAAAAAUUUGAGUUUACCCAGGGUCCACGCGUUGAUAUUUCUUCUGCUGCUAACAAAGUUGAGCUGAAUAAAAAUGACACUGAUGUAUUCAUUCCCAUGGGCCAAUCAGAAAUAGAGUAUUCAAAAAAUGAACACUUAGCUGACCAAGACAUCAACGAGGCUGGUCUUGUUAUUGAAUCAAUUAGACGUGAUGAAUUUGGGUUGGACCCCAAUAUAUCUGACGUAGAAUGUAGUUUGUUGAAGAAGCAGCAUGCCCGUUUGGGGCGAGCACUUCAUUGCCUCUCAGAAGAAUUGUAUUCACAAGACUCACAUUUCCUUCUUGAGCUGGUUCAGAAUGCCGAUGAUAAUGUUUACCCUGCAGAUGUGGAACCUACUUUAAGUUUCAUCCUUCAUGACACUGGAAUAAUUAUCUUGAAUAAUGAGAGAGGAUUUACUGCCAAAAAUAUCAGAGCUCUCUGUGAUGUUGGAAGCUCUACAAAGAAAGGUUCUUCUGCUGGCUACAUUGGACAGAAGGGAAUUGGUUUUAAAUCAGUUUUCCGGGUUACGGAUGCUCCCGAAAUUCAUUCAAAUGGAUUUCAUAUCAAGUUUGACUUGGGUCAGGGUCAGAUAGGUUUUGUAUUACCAACAAUUCUACCACCUUUUGAUACUGAGGCACUAAAAAGGUUGGUCCCAGAUAUUGAUUUUCAAAAGGGCUUGAAUUCUUGGAAGACAUGUAUAGUGCUUCCUUUCAAAUCAAAACUUUUGGAAGGAUCAGCAAUGAGCAGCAUUUUGUCUAUGUUUUCUGAUCUUCAUCCUUCUUUAUUACUUUUCCUUCACCGUCUUCAGUGUAUUGAACUUAGGAAUAUGCUGAAUGGCUCUCUUAUUGUUAUGAGAAAAGAAGUAAUUGGAGAUGGUAUUGUCAAAGUAUGUCAUGGAAAUGAGAAAAUGACUUGGUUUGUGGCAUCAAACAAGUUACAUCCUAAAGUUAUUCGGUCCAAUGUUCAUAUGACGGAGAUAUCCAUAGCUUUGACACUUAAUGAAACAGAGAGUGGCGACUAUGAGCCUUUCUUAGGUCAACAGCCUGUAUUUGCUUUUCUUCCUUUGAGAACAUAUGGUCUCAAGUUCAUUCUUCAAGCUGAUUUUGUCCUUCCUUCUUCUAGAGAAGAAGUUGAUGGAGAUAGCCCCUGGAAUCAGUGGUUAUUGUCAGAAUUUCCUGCCUUGUUUGUCAGUGCUGAGAAAUCAUUUUGUUCUCUACCUUGUUUCCUAGAAAAUCCUGCUAAAGCAGUGAGUGCUUUUAUGAGUUUUGUUCCACUAAUGGGGGAAGUGCAUGGAUUUUUUUCUGGACUCCCUCGGAUGAUUAAUGCUAAAUUACGCCUUUCGAACUGCUUGCUUCUGGAUGGGUACAAGGAUAAGUGGGUUCCUCCAUGUAAGGUUGUAAGAGGUUGGACUGAGCAAGCUAAAAUGCUGAUACCUGACACUUUACUGUAUGAUCAUCUAGGAAUUGGUCUAUUACACAAGGAUGUUAAUCUGUCAGAUUCACUUGCUAGAGCACUGGGUAUUGAAGAAUAUGGGCCAAGGAUAUUGGUGCAAUUUGCUUCUUCUUUGGGCCGAACAAAAGAUGGUAUAAGAACAAUGGGUAUGCACUGGCUUUUCUCUUGGCUUAAUGAACUUCACAGUAUGUUUAAUUCUUAUGCACCAAACUCAAGGAACUCAGGGUUGGAAAUGGAUCUUAUAAAUAGUCUGAAGAAAGUUUCAUUUAUUCCCCUGUCUAAUGGAACAUAUGGCUCAUUGGAUGAAGGAACGAUUUGGUUUCAUGCUGACAGCACUGGUCUUGAUGGUGGACUUUGUAAUGAAGCGUUUCCCUGCUUAUAUGCCACAUUGAGGAUUGUUAGCCCAGCUUUAUUUUUAGAGGCAUCUACUGAUUUAACUUCAGUAACUGGCUGUAUGAGGAUGCUGCAAAAAAUUGGUGUCCAAAAAUUGUCAGCUCAUGAACUUAUCAAAAUUCAUAUCUUAUCAUCUAUGUCAGAUGACAAAAUGACAGAUAGAAGCAAGCAGUUAAUGAGAGAAUGCAUUACUUUCAUAAUGUUUCAUUUAAACUCCAAUUGUGUUGAUUGUUUGGUUGAAAGUGAAUACAUCAUUUCUGAAUUAUGCAGUAAAGCUUUAAUUCUAACAAAUCAUGGGUACAUGAGACCUGCUGAGGCUCCAAUCCAUUUUAGCAAAGAAUUUGGAAAUUCUGUUGACGUAAAUAAAUUCUUAAAUGGUUUGGAUUACAAAUGGGUUGAGGUCGAUGUUAUGUAUUUGAAUCAACCUAUCAUCCAGUCGAUGCCGUGUGGGUUGAUGAAGUGGCGAGAGUUCUUUCAGAAAUUAGGGCUCACGGAUUUUGUCAAAGUAGUUCCCAUUGAGAAAGCUGUGACCGACUUGCCCCCUGCUGUGCUUCAUCAGAUAUCAGAUAGACAAAUCAUUUCUCCCAAAAUGUUGGUUAAAGAUUGGGAAUCUCCUGAACUAGUGCAUAUACUGUCCUUGCUGUCCAAGGAUGGCAACCAAGAGAGGUGCAAAUAUCUCUUGGAAGCUCUAGAUGCCUUUUGGGACGAUCAUUUUAGUGACAAAGUUUUUGGGUGUUGCAGUAGCAACUCUGGUCUGAAUGACUUAUGUUUCAAAUCUUCACUGUGGCAUUGCAUAUCUGAUAUAAGGUGGGUGGUUUCAAGUUUUGAUAAUGAGAUUCACUAUCCAACAGAGUUGUUCUAUGACUGUGACACUGUUCGUUCUAUUCUUGGCUGUCAUGCUCUUUAUGCUGUUCCAAAGGUAAAAAGUGUGAAAUUAUUAUCCGAAAUUGGUUUCAAAACUCAAGUUAGACUUGAAGAUGCAUUGGCAACUCUUCACACUUGGAGAACAUUGGAGGGUACAUUCACUGCCAGUUUGCCACAAAUGUCCAAAUUGUACUCCUUCAUUUGGAAGGAGAUGGAAACAUGUAGGGAACAAGUGCUGGAUGCUUUGAAUUCUGGACCUUUUAUAUUUAUCCCUUGUGCCUCUGUUAAACACUAUGAGGAUGUUGUAAGUGGGGUUUUUCUCUCUCCUGAAGACGUCUACUGGCAUGAUUCUACUGGUGCUCUGGACCAUAGAAAGACUGAAUUCUCCUUCGAGAAUUGUAGUGUUCCAAUGAGCAAGACAUUGCGUUCUAUAUAUCCAGGCCUUCACGACUUUUUUGUGAAUCAGUGUGGUGUGCAUGAGGCCCCUUCUUUUCGUCACUACCUUCAAAUUUUGCAGCAGUUAUCUAGAAAUUCUAUACCUUUUCAGACAACUAGUGCGGUAUUUAAAAUUUUUCUGAAGUGGUCAGAUGCCCUGAACUGUGGUGCUCUUAGUAGUGAUGAUUUGUCUUACUUGAAGGAAUGUCUCUUGCUCUCAGACUUUAGAGUACUUCCAGUAAUGAAUGAUAAGUGGGUUUCCCUACACCCAUCAUUUGGCCUUGUUUGCUGGUCUGAUGAUGAUAUUUUAAAGAAAGAAAUUAAGCACUUGGACAAUAUUGAGUUUCUGUAUUUUGGAGACCUAACAGACAACGAUAAAGAGACUCUUAAAACCAAAGUAUCUGCACUGUUGCAGAACUUAGGUAUACCUGCUCUUUCCAAGAUUGUAUCUCGUGAAGCUAUAUACUAUGGUCCUGCUGAUUGUGGGUUUAAAACCUCGAUGGUGGCAUGGGUGCUUCCCUUUGCGCAACGUUAUCUUUAUAAUCUACACCCAGAGAGAUACAGCCUUCUCAAGCAGUCUGGAUGUGAACAAUCUUUCCCAAGAAUUUUUGUGGUGGAAAAGCUGUUCUACCAUAAUGUCAUAAAUAGAUGCAACUACUCAUCUAAGAAAAGGACUGAAUGCAGCUCCCUACUUCAGGGGAAUGUUCUGUAUACAACUCGAGAUUCAGACUCACACUCUAUGUUUAUGGAACUGUCCCGAUUAUUCUUUGAUGGUGCUCCCGAGUUACAUUUGGCCAAUUUUCUUCACAUGAUAGCUACUAUGGCAGAAUCUGGUUCAACGGAAGAGCAAAUGGAAUUUUUUAUCCUUAACAGCCAGAAAAUGGUGAAGCUUCCCGUUGAGGAAUAUGUGUGGUCUCUUUCUUCUGAACUAUCCUCGAUGGAGAAUGAUGAACUCACAAGAAAUGCCCUUUUAUCAAAUAUCAAUGACCAGCUCAAGUCCAAGAAAAAACCGGUGUACUCUUGGCCUCCUGUGGACUGGAAAACUGCACCUGGUUUCAGCUAUUCUCGUGCAAAUGGGUUCAGGACACAACCUGGGAGCAUGGACCAAAGUGGUGGCACAGAAAUGGUGGAAGGUUGUAUUGAAGCCUCAGUGCAGGAAGAAGCUGAACUGGCCUUAACUGAUAUAAAUGAAGACGUCGAAUAUCCCGAAUCUACAAUUCUCCCUGUUUUCGAUAAUGAAAGUGAUCCUGUAUACAAUCAGCCUCUUCCCAUGGAAGCUUUAGCUGAUCCUACCAAUAUUGUUGUCGAGUCCCUUUGCCCGGAAGAGGGUCAAACAAAAAGCAGAGAUCAGUCUAGUAAUCUGGGUGCUCAGGAAGCCAUGCGAAUCGGUAAACUAGGGGAGCUCGUGGCUUACAAAUACUUUGCUGGAAAAGCUGACGGGAAAGAAGUGAAAUGGGUUAAUCAAGAAAAAGAGACGGGCUUACCAUUUGAUAUCGUGAUUAGCGAUGAACAGAAUCUGGAAUAUGUCGAAGUGAAAGCUUCACGAUAUGCCAAGAAGGAUUGGUUUGUCAUAUCGGCACGAGAAUGGCAAUUUGCAACAGAGAAAGGGGACGCUUUCAGCAUUGCUUAUGUUAUUCUUUCUGCUCAAAAUCCUUCCCGGAUUAUUAUUUACAAGAAUCCUGUAAAACUUUGCCGACUUGGUAAACUACAGUUGACUGUUACCAUCCCAAAGCCCCCAACUCAAUCAGUGUAGAUAUACAUUCAAUUUUGUUUCGGAUCUAACCUGAUUUAUUUUGUGUUUAUAUUGAAUUAUGUGAAUACAGUUUGGGUCCAAGUUAGUUUUACUAUUAGUCAAAUCAAGUUCGAUUACACUAUGAGUUGGGUCAUUUUUGGUUUAUGAUUAACUUGGAGUCGGGUUUUUCUUCGGGGUUUGGGUUGAGUUUAGGUUGUUAUAUCAAGCUUAUAUAAAAAAUUCAAGUUGGAAAAUCUUGGAUUCUUCUUAUUUUGGGCUCUGGUUAGCUAUAGAUAAGGUAUAUGAAGUUAAGAGUAAAAUUUAUGACAUCUUAUGCAAUGUUCGAAUAAAAUCACGGGUUAAUUAUAGAUAAUAGCGGAUUCAAUUGAUAUCAAGUUUAGACAAUUGUAGUCAUGUAGA